CAGGACGAGCCUUCAGAAAUGCCACUAAUCUGUGAGCCUUCUGAAAUCCUCGCAGCUUCUUCCACCUCGUCCACUCUCCCUUUCCACAUUCGUCGCCAGAGCCAGCAGAGCGACAUUGCAAAGUCUGUGAUGAUGAGCAACGCACAGGAUCAACAGCGCCGCAGCAUUGACGAGAACACACAUAAAGAUUUGAAGUCCAGUCUCAACACCAGCCUGGGCAGCUCGGCCAACAAGAAUGGCUCCCAAACUCCAGAGAUCCAACCCUUCCGCCCUGCACCCACAAACCGCACAGCAUCCGCCGUUGGCGCCACCAACACUGGCGCUUUGAACGAUACUCCCGAUGGCACUGCCCCGAACAGCCCCAGAUUGUUGCCAGUAAGGCAAAACUCGGGUUCGAGCACCCCGCGCGUCCGCCCAACAACCCUCGAUAUCCCCGGUCUCACAAAAUCAAAGGUCUCGCCCGACGGCAGAAUCGCCAAGAGAGAUGUCGGUGCCAAACUGGUCAUCGUCAUGGUUGGCUUACCUGCUCGUGGAAAGAGUUACAUUACAAAGAAGCUAGCACGCUACAUGAAUUGGCUACAACACGACACACGCAUCUUCAAUGAGAGACGUCGUGUCGCCGCUGGCGGUCCAAACACUCUUGAGAAGACGAAAAGCCGUACACACCGUCCUUCUUUCCUCCCAUCCGAACACCGCCCAAGUUUGGCCAGUCUCAAUGGCAUCGUCGACGCAGCAACACACAUUGGAUCAUCUGGUCUUGCCGCACAAAUCCAAGCACACAGCGACAAGCACGAAGACAAUGACAGCCAAUUUCGCAGACUCACUAUGCCGACCAUCCAGCUACCACCUGCAUCUGAGGAUGAUGGAGUCCCCGAAACCGCCGAUGAUGGUACAGAUGGCGUCGAGCUGACCAAGGUGUCAACUCCUGAGAUGCCCGAUCCUGAAUCUAUGGACCAAUCUGCCAGCUUCUUCGAUCCUCAAAAUAAGAGAGCUGCCUUGAUCCGUGAACAAUGCGCUAUGGACACUUUGGACGAACUGCUUGACUACAUCCUCGAGGGCAACGGUUCUGUUGGUAUUCUUGAUGCCACGAACAGUACCCUCGAGCGCAGAANNAAAGUUAUCAUGAAGAAGAUUCGUGAAAGAGCUGGUACUGAGCUGAACGUCUUGUUCCUCGAGAGUCGAUGCGUUGACGAGAACUUGCUCGAAUCGAACAUGCGCUUGAAGCUUUCAGGUCCCGACUACAAGGACCAAGAUCCUGUCACUGCUCUUGAGGACUUCAAGAAGCGUGUUGCCAUCUACGAAAAGGCCUAUGUCCCACUCGGCGAGUACGAGGAGAAGCACAACAUGCCCUAUAUUCAGAUGAUCGAUGUUGGUCGCAAGGUCAUUUCGCAUCAGAUUCGUGGUUUCCUCUCUGCCCAGGCCAAUUACUACCUCCUCAAUUUCAACCUCGCGCCACGUAUGAUCUGGAUUACACGCCACGGCUUGUCCAUGGACAAUGUCUCUGGCAAAAUUGGUGGUGACUCGGACCUCAGUCAGGAGGGUAUUCAGUACGCUAAAACUCUUACCAAGUUUAUUGAGCACGCGCGUAGGGAGUGGGACAUGAAGCAACUUCACAAGCUUACCCACUCUCACUUCCCUCCCCAACCUGGUGACACCACUCCCNCUAACCCUCACUACCAACCCAACGACAACAACGAGCUUCCUCAAAAGUCUUUCUGUGUAUGGACUUCUAUGCUCAAGCGUAGUAUCCAGACGGCACAGUUCUUCGAUGAUGAGGAGUACGACUCGAAACAGAUGCGCAUGUUGGAUGAGCUCAAUGCCGGUAUUAUGGAAGGUCUCACCUACUCGUCCAUCGCAGAAGCACACCCUGCUGAGUAUGCUCUUCGCAAGAAGGACAAGCUACACUACCGCUACCCCGGUCCUGGAGGUGAGGGCUACCUCGACAUCAUCAACCGCCUACGUCCUGUAAUCGUCGAGCUUGAGCGUAUGGAAGACCACUGCUUGCUUGUUGGACACCGCAGUGUCGCUCGCGUGUUGCUCGCAUACUUCCGUGGCUUGAAGAGAGAAGAGGUCGCAGAUUUGGAUGUACCCAUUGGCAUGCUGUACUGCCUUGAGCCUAAGCCCUACGGUGUAGACUUCAAGGCAUAUAAGUGGGACAAGAAGACCGAAUGGUUCUAUGAGCAGCCCAACUUCCAACUCAAGCGGGCCGAGGAUGAUAUGCAAUGA